GCCGGUCAGUUAUCCGUCUUUCCGGUAGAUGGUCAGCGAGUGUGGAAGUUGGCUUCUGCUUUUUCGUGUGAUUGCUGUGCUAUCGCGAUGUCGGUAGUGUUCUUAUUGUUUGCCUCGGUAUUAUGAAGGACGUUGUAUAGGUGAUUAGAAGUGAUUGUCGGAUUAGUAGACGGAGACACAAUAGAACCGAUUGUCUGUGUUGAACCGGCCUUGGAGAAUCGGUGGAUAGGCAAGGUCUCGUUUUAGUAGAUUGAUCAAUCAUCGUUCGGUCGGUCGCCAGCGAGCGAGCGAGGAAAAUAGCGGAAUUUAUCUCAUCCGAGGCAGUCCCGAGGAAAAAUUCGCUUCGAUGACACAACAUCACUCAGUACCUGUGCGUGUGAUCUCUUAUCUGCCCUAUUGAAUCUGUCUCCAAUAGCAGCAGCGAGAUAGCUAUUAGCUUCGUUGUUCUGGAAGGUGCGACUGCUGCUGCCAAGGGGAUUUUUUGGCAUCAGUGUCUCGUGGGAAGUGAAGGCAAGUCAAACUAAAACCGGUUCCUGCCCCAAAUUCUGCGACUAGUUUCGUGGUGCGGUUGAUGCGAAUAAGCUCGUAGUAGUCGGGAAGAGGAAUAAGAAGGAUUUGCCGUUCCUGUUUGGUGGUGUGAAAAACUCCGAAUACGUUUUCCCGGACUGAAGGAACAAUCGUUGGGUGUGAAGAUCAAUACACUAACCGGCACCGUACCACUUGCUUCCUUAUCGUUGCAGCACUGGCCAAGUUAUGGAGGGGACCAAGCAACCGGUUGCGCUUCCCGUGUGUCCCGCACAGCAUGCAAGUUUCCUGUCCUACAUCGUGUUCGGCUGGGUGCUGCCCAUCUUCUACAAAGGCGGCAAGAAAGAACUCGGUCCCGAGGAUCUCUACCAACCGCUGACGACCCACAAGUCGAGCAACUUGGGCAACCGUAUAUGCCAUGCGUGGGAAGAAGAAGUCGCCAACAAGCGUAGCAAAGGCAAGGAACCCAGCCUGAUGAGAGCCGGCUUCCGAGUGUUCGGCUGGAACAUCGUUUCGCUGGGACUGAUCCUACUGGUGCUAGAGUUGGCAUUCAAGGUGACUCAACCCAUCUUCCUCGGUGCACUGGUGGCGUACUACUCGAAACAGAAUGGUGACAUCAACGAAGCGUAUCUGUACGCGGUAGCCGUUGUCCUGUGCAGUGCCAUCAGCGUACUGUUCAUGCACUCGUACAUGCUUUCCCAGCUGCAUCUCGGAAUGAAACUACGAGUAGCUGCCUGCAGCAUGAUCUACCGGAAGUCUCUCAGGCUGAGCAAAACCGCUCUCGGCGAUACCACCGCCGGACAGGUAGUGAAUCUCCUCUCGAACGACGUCGGCCGGCUGGAUUUGGCCGUACUGUUUGUGCACUAUCUGUGGAUUGGACCGCUGGAAACGAUCGUUGUUACGUACCUCAUGUACCGGGAGAUUGGCAUUUCCGCGAUAUUCGGUGUCAUAUUCCUGCUGAUGUUCAUCCCACUGCAGGCGUACUUGGGCAAGAAGACUUCGGUGCUGCGUCUGCAGACAGCACUGCGAACUGACGAGCGAGUGCGGCUGAUGAACGAGAUCAUCCAGGGCAUACAGGUGAUCAAGAUGUACACGUGGGAGAAACCGUUUGCCAACCUCGUCGAGCUGGCCAGAAAGAAGGAAAUCAAAGUGAUCCGCUACGUCUCGUACAUCCGGGGUACCCUGUUGUCCUUCAUCAUGUUCACCACGCGCGUUUCGAUCUUCAUCAGCUUGAUUGCCUACGCCCUGCUGGGCAACUUUGUCACGGCCGAGAAAGCCUUCACCAUCACCGCGUACUACAACAUCCUCCGUGCUACGAUGACCAUCUUCUUCCCGCAGGGUAUUGCCCAGUUUGCCGAAGCGAUCGUCUCCAUCGGGCGUAUCCAGAAGUUCAUGAGCUACGAAGAGGUGGAAGGCGUCAUCGGUGUGUCGAUGAGUGAUCCCGAGAAAAGCGACGAAGACAGCUUGCUGGACAGCAGUGUCAGUGAAGAUGUGAAAGCCCCAGAUCAGAACAAGAUGAUCAAACACUCGGAAUCGGACGGCUUGAACGAGAAUUCGCAUUCGCAGCAGCACCUGUCCGAGGCUGGAGUGAUUGUGGACUCGGCAACGGCUCGAUGGGAUCCGAAAGCAUCGGAGUACACUUUGGAAGGGGUGAAUCUGCACGUGCAACCUGGUACGCUGGUGGCUGUGAUUGGACCGGUAGGAGCCGGGAAGUCCAGUCUGAUACACGCGAUCCUCGGGGAGCUACCACUGGAAGGUGGCAGCAUCAAGGUGAACGGUGAUAUCUCGUAUGCCUCACAAGAACCGUGGCUGUUUUCGGCGACCGUUCGACAGAACAUUCUCUUUGGACUACCCAUGGACAAGGAACGGUACAAAAGAGUGGUGAAAACGUGUGCGUUGGAAAGAGAUUUCCAACUGUUUUCCAAUGGAGACAAGACAGUGGUGGGUGAGAGGGGAGUAUCCUUGUCCGGGGGACAGAAGGCACGUAUCAGUUUGGCUCGGGCGGUGUACCGACGGGCUUCGAUAUAUCUUUUGGACGAUCCACUGAGUGCCGUGGAUUCCCAUGUGGGACGUCAUCUGUUCGACUACUGUAUGCGAGAUUUCCUGAAGGGGAAGGUGGUUGUCUUGGUGACUCAUCAGUUGCAGUACUUGCAGAAUGCUGACCAGAUUGUGAUACUGAAACACGGCAAGGUGGAAGCCGUGGGAAGCUACGAAAGUUUAAGGGAAACGGGUUUGGAUUUCGCCCAACUGCUGGCAGCUCCCAGUGGAAAGGAGGACGACGACAGUACCGAUACGGAGUCGUUCAAACGAUCCGGUAGCUUGUACAAACGGCAAAACAGUGAAUCAAGUGUAGAUUCUGCAACUAUCGACGCGGAUAAAGAAGCUCCGCUGGCGAACGAGGAAAAAAGGCAGGAAGGGGCCAUUGGGUAUGGCGUAUACAAAGCGUACUUCAAAGCAAGCGGAGGCUAUGUGAUCGUUCUGAUGCUGUUGGCGGCCUUUAUCCUCUCGCAAUUGGCGGCUUCCGGUGGAGACUACUUCCUGACGUAUUGGGUGAACAAAGAGGAGUCCCGAAUCAGCACGGUGGACACCGACGUGCCAGCGAGUGCCGAUGGACUCAAUUCAACGGAUGCCUUAGAUUUGCUAGAUGUACGGAACGUGACGGAUAUCGUUGCUUCGAAUUCUACGGGCAAUGCAAUUACGGAUGUUUUCAGUGGACUAUUCGACACAAUCCGCCAGUUUACUAGUUCGGAAGACGACGAACGAUUGAUUGACAUCUACAUUUUCUCCGCUCUGACGAUUGCAACCGUGGUUAUCACGCUGAGCAGAAGCAUGUUCUUCUUCCAGGCCGCCAUGCGCGCUUCCCGCAGACUUCACGACGCCAUGUUUAACGGUAUCACCCGUGCCACCAUGUACUUCUUCAACACGAAUCCAUCCGGACGAAUUUUGAACCGUUUCUCCAAGGAUAUGGGCCAGAUUGACGAGUACCUACCGUCGGUGACGGUGGAUGUGAUUCAGAUUUUCCUCUCCCUGCUCGGUAUCGUCAUCGUGGUGGCCAUCGUCAAUCCGUACAAUUUGAUUCCCACCGUUGUGAUUGGGAUCAUUUUCUACUUUAUGCGAGAAUACUACCUGAAAACGUCCCGCAAUGUGAAAAGAGUGGAAGCUACUACCCGAUCUCCGAUCUACUCGCAUCUAUCGGCCUCGCUGUCGGGCCUGUCAACCAUCCGUGCCUUUGGGGCGGAAAAGGUUCUCGUGCGUGAAUUCGACGGCCAUCAGGAUCUGCACAGUUCUUCGUUCUACCUGUUCAUAUCGACGUCGCGUGCCUUCGGUUUCUACCUGGACGUAUUUUGUGUAAUAUACAUAGCCAUUGUUACGCUAACGUUCUUCAUCAAAAAAGACAGCGGCGGAAACGUGGGCCUUGCCAUUACCCAAGCCCUGGGUAUGACCGGAAUGGUCCAGUGGGGAAUGCGCCAAUCUGCCGAGCUGGAAAAUACAAUGACUUCGGUCGAACGAGUGGUGGAAUACGAUACGGUAGAUCCGGAACCGGCUCUCGAAGCUGAAGGGGAUAAGAAACCGCCGAAAGAAUGGCCCCAGGAGGGUCGAGUUAAGUUCGACAAACUUUCGCUGCGAUAUCAUCCGGAUUCGGACACGGAUCGGGUGCUGAAAGAACUGGAUUUUGAAAUUCAACCACGUGAAAAAGUCGGAAUCGUCGGACGCACCGGUGCGGGCAAAUCGUCCCUUAUCAAUGCCCUCUUCCGGUUGUCGUACAACGAAGGUUCGAUCGUCAUUGAUACACGCAACAUUCACGAGAUGGGACUGCACGAUCUGCGUGGAAAGCUCUCAAUCAUUCCGCAGGAACCGGUACUAUUUUCCGGAAGCCUACGCUACAAUCUGGAUCCAUUCGACGAGUAUCUCGAUGAGAAAUUGUGGCGUGCCUUGAAGGAGGUUAAGCUGGAGGAAGCGGUCAACGAGCUGCCAUCCGGGCUGUCGUCCAAGAUCAACGAGGGAGGAAGCAACUUUAGCGUCGGCCAACGGCAGCUGGUUUGCCUGGCGCGGGCAAUCUUGCGGGAGAAUAAAAUUCUGGUGAUGGAUGAGGCGACGGCCAACGUGGACCCACAGACGGACAAAUUGAUUCAGCAAACUAUUCGGGACAAGUUUGAUGACUGCACGGUACUGACGAUCGCCCACCGAUUGAACACGGUCAUGGACUCGGAUAAGGUAUUGGUAAUGGACGCCGGGCGUUGUAUCGAAUUUGGAACACCGUACGAACUGCUAACAGCCCAGGAUGGCCCGAGGAUAUUCUACGGAAUGGUCAAGCAAACCGGGAAGAGCACAUUCGAUAGCUUAUUGAAAAUUGCCAAGGAGACUCACGAGAAGAAGCACCAUACGGAUAGUGAACAAACUGCUACCUAAAAUCUUUAUCUCGUAAGGUUUUACGCAUCCGUCUCAUCUCAUCGUUAUCGAUCUUCACUUAAUAAAGUACUACUUAGUAGUAUACACAUAUUGAAUCUAAGCUAUAGCCUAAGUGUGAAAUUUACAGAACUGGUUAAUUGAAUUGUGUGCCUGAUUACAAGUGCUACUUAAUGAACAACUUCUAGAUACCGAUAUACAUUAUAAGUACAAAGCAGAUUGAAUUAUUGUUCAUCUUUAGAAGAGACCAAACAAAGUGGUAGCUGCGGAAACUGAAAUUAGCGAUCUUACUUAAGUCUGGCGCUAAAGGUCUGUUUACUGGAUAGUGAGAAAUUUAAAAAGUUUAUAAUGCAGGGUUUGUCAGUUCCACAGUUUGACCGAAUCGAUAAACAUAUCAAAAACAGCUUAAUUUGUUACUUAAGUAUUGAUUUUUAUUUUGUUUUGUUAUGCUUUACCCGUGGCAUGCAUCCACUUGGUAGACUGUCACUUAUAUGUAACUAUGUUCGUACUUUGAGUUUAUUAAAAUUUCGCCCGAAUCUGCUGAAAUUAGCAAUUGAAAGUUUAGUUUUUCGAUUUACCUAUCACAGUGUCGCAGAUUUAUUUUUAUGAUAGUUUAAUAAACAUGUGUUCAAUAAAAAAAGAUUUCCAA